AUGGUCAUGUUUGGUCUAACUGUAGUCCCUGUACUUGGACUCUUUUUCGCACCGGUCUUCACCUCCCCCGUUGGCGCGGUCGCGCAUCCAGCUCAAAAAUGCAACAGCGACGCUAUCGCUAGGCCCGUCGUUUAUGGGGCACAAGUCACGUCCAUUAUCGCCGGCAUUGUACAAGACUGGCAAGGGGUUUCAGGCAACGAUGUUUGUAAUGUCAACAUUAGUAUCACCCAUCCUGGCACCGGCGACCUAGUCAACAACUUUUACGCCUUACCUUUGAGUGGGUGGAACGGAAUCUUUCAAGGCAUUGGUGGUGGUGGCUAUAGGGCAGGCAAGUUUGAGCAGGGUGCCAGUCAAACAGCUCUUGGCUACUCUGUUGGAUCUACGGACGCUGGGCACUCCGACACCGCGUCUUCAAAAGAUGCCUCGUCGUGGGCACUAGCCUCACCUGGCAACGUCAACCAGCACCUACUCCUCGAUUUCGCCCGGCUCUCCGUACACGACAUGACGGUCAUCGGGAAGUCUCUAAGCGAGAGCUUCUAUGACCGGCUGGUGGAACGAUCCUACUGGACCGGAUGCAGCACCGGUGGAAGACAGGGACUCAGUCUUGCGCAGUACUAUCCAGAUGACUACGAUGGCAUCCUCGCCAACGCACCUGCUAUACAUUGGAACGACUUCCUCCUAGCCCAGGAGUGGCCGUUCAUCGUCGAAAACAACGAAGGAUAUACGCCUCCGCCUUGCGAGUUCGACUUCGCAGCAGCCGCAGUCAUCAAGGCUUGCGACGGUCUCGACGGCCUAGUGGACGGUAUUGUCUCAGCACCCGCACUUUGUGCGUUCCAAGCCCAGAGCCUGGUCGGUCAAACACACAUAUGUGGUGCAGAUGGCUCCACACGGACGUUUAGCCAGAAAGCCGCGACGGCCGUCGACAAGAUCUGGCAAGGCCCUCAAACGCCGGAGGGCCAAGUAUCUUGGUAUGGCUUGAUCAAGGGGGCUAACUUCUCGACUGCUGCCCCAAAUAUUGCUGGCAAUGACACCGCUCAGCCGUUUGGAAUCUCGGAUUCCUGGGUCCGCAACUUCCUCGCCAGAGAUGUGGCUUUCGACACUGCGAAUGUGUCAUAUCAAGAGUUUGCAGACUUAACUCAUCAAGGCCGCCUAGAGUAUGAAUCCAUCAUCGGCACAGGAAAUCCGGACCUUGAUCGCUUCAAUCGUCGAGGAGGCAAGAUCGUCACAUGGCACGGGCUAGCGGAUCCAAUCAUCCCCCCACAAGGCACCAUGUUCUACUAUCAAAAGGUUCUUGCGUUGGACCCGUCUGCGGCAGACUUCUACCGACAAUUCUACUCUCCUGGAGUUGGCCACUGUAGUGGUGGCACCGGUGUGCUCCCGACAAAUGCACUGGAUCAGUUGCGCGCAUGGGUGGAGAACGGAACCGUCCCUGAGACUUUGCACGCCGCGAGUCCAUAUCCUGGCAACGCCUCGAGCUCUUUGCCCGUCGACCCCAGUGAAAACGCCACCGUCACCCAAAGGAGCACACGGAACAUCACUGAAAUGCCGAACGAGGGUGAUCCGCACGAAGUCCGGGAGAAGACACGGGCUCCUCCCUGCCUAGCUGAUCUCCCACUCGAGCUUCUCUUCUCCAUCGUUCGCUUUUCUAUUGCGGCGGGACGAGAGGCUGACGCAUCUGCUCUUGCCAGAACGAGCAAGAGCAUGCGCUUCGACCUCAACGAUGAGCUUUACAAACUUGUCGUCAAGAACAGGACCUUUCACAUUCUCCACUGGGCUGUGCGGCGGAACCAAACGGCGACUGUGAAGAUCGCAUUUGCAAACGGCGCGAACGCAAAUGAGAUGUGGACAGCGGGCGCUGUCCAUGAGCCGCGCCUGAACAUCUUUCGCCCAGCCGGCUGGGGUCUCAACACAGCCCAAAAACUUGAUCGGGCUGUCCGGGCACAGCUCGGAGUCAUCUUUUGCCGGAUGGACUUUUUGGACUACCUGCUGGCUAGAAGCACAGAAAGUAACGUUAACGCCGUCGAUGCAACAGGAUGUACCCCCUUGACGAUGCUCAUUAAAUGGGACUUCUGUGAAGAUGCUCGAUCUUAUAUCAGCGUCAUGGAAUCCAAACUUUUCAGGAAAGGAGCCAACAUCAUGGCCGGAAGAGAACUGGGAAGGGAAACACCUUUAGAGACCUUGAUUCAAGAGAGCAUCAAAGCGUGUACAAUCGCAAUCAUACCGGGAGGCGCACGGAAUGAUGUUGGGCACAAGGUGCUGGCUGCCUUGCAAGUGUUCAGAAUCAAUCAGCAUCCGCAGAGGCCAACAGCAUUUCUCAAUGAGUUCUGGAGGUACAUGGAUAGGGCACUGCGUGCCGCGCAGCCCGCGUACCAAAUUACAUAUGGGGCCAUCAUAUAUGAGAUCAUCUGCUGUGUGCUGCACGCUCUCAUCAAGGCUGGCUUCAGCCCAGCAGAGGUCGACAGGCACGGCGACACCGCCAUGACUUCUUUCCUGAGACUCCUCCUCGACAAGCCACUUUUUGCGGUGUGCGACAGGAACCCUUUCGGCGACCGGGGCUGGCUCAUCCAGUCAAUCAUGGCACUGCUGCAGGAGCACGGGGCUGCGCUCCACGUGAGGAAUAAUGAGGGGUAUACGGCUUUCGACUAUCUGAAGAAAAUCAUGGAAUACGGCGGCGGCGGCGAAAUUCAACCGCACGUCCUUCCCAGGGUCCUGCAGACGGGCCGUGUGGUUGUGCGAGAACUCCCUUCCAGACAUUUGCGAAGUGUGAAGGUGACUGUGUGGAUCAUGACCCUGUGGAUUAUUAAAGUGGACAACUAG